UCAGGACAAAGAGGAAGUGGCCAGAAGGGGAAGCAGCAGCUACAGAGAGGAGGCAGGUGGGCCGGGCUGGCGGCCGCCAGAACCCGCCCGCCCUCACAGAGCUGGGGGCCCGCAGUCUGCCGCUGGAGCAGGAUGCACGCCAAGGCAGGAACCCCAGGGGUUCCGGGAGCGCUGGCUGUGCUGUGGCUCGGUGCCAUGACCCUGGCCUACCUCCUGUGGCAAGGGCACCUGUCCCCCACCUGGGGCCAGCUGCACCCUGAGGAAGGGCCCACCAGGCCCCGGGGCCACGGCUCCAGCCCGGCCCAGGAGCCCCUGCCAAGGGGGGCCUGGCAGCAGCAGAAGGACGCCUGCCGGCUUGUCCUUGUGGAAAGCAUCCCGCAGGACCUGCCCUCCGCGGCCGGCAGCCCGUCUGCCCAGCCCCUCGCCCAGGCCUGGUCGCAGCUGCUGGACGCCGCCCAGGAGAGCAUCCAUGUGGCCUCUUUCUACUGGUCCCUCACAGGGCCUGACAUCGGGGUCAACGACUCGUCUUCCCGGCCGGGAGAGGCCCUUCUGAGCAAGCUGCAGCAGCGGCUGGCCAGGAACGUCUCCCUGGCCGUGGCCACCAGCAGCCCAUCGCUGGCCAGGAAGUCCACUGACCUGCAGGUACUGGCAGCCCAAGGUGCCCAGGUGCGGUACGUGCCCCUGCGGAAGCUCACCGGCGGCGUCUUGCAUUCCAAAUUCUGGGUCGUGGACGCACGGCACAUCUACUUGGGCAGUGCCAACAUGGACUGGCGCUCCCUGACACAGGUGAAGGAGCUCGGCGUCAUCAUCUACAACUGCAGCCACCUGGCCCGGGACCUGGAGAAGACCUUCCAGACCUACUGGGUGCUGGGGGCGCCGAAGGCCGUCCUCCCCAGAGCCUGGCCUCGGAACCUCUCGUCCCACAUCAACCGCUUCCAGCCCCUCCGGGACAGCUUUGAGGGGGUGCCCACCACUGCCUACUUCUCGGCAUCGCCUCCUCCGCUCUGCCCGCACGGCCGCACCGGGGACCUGGAGGCGCUGCUGGCGGUGAUGGGGGGCGCCCGGGAGUUCAUCUACGCCUCGGUGAUGGAGUACUUCCCCACGACGCGCUUCAGCCGCCCUGCCAGGUACUGGCCGGUGCUGGACACCGCGCUGCGGACAGCGGCCUUCAACAGGGGCGUGCGCGUGCGUCUGCUGGUCAGCUGCUGGCUGCACACAGACCCCAGGAUGUUCCCCGGCCUGCGGUCCCUGCAGGCUCUCAGCGACCCCGAGGCCGGCGUCUCCGUGGACGUGAAAGUCUUCAUUGUGCCCGUGAGGAACCACUCCAACAUCCCGUUCAGCAGGGUGAACCACAGCAAGUUCAUGGUCACAGAGAAGGCGGCCUACAUAGGCACCUCCAACUGGUCGGAAGAUUACUUCAGCAGCACCUCAGGGGCAGGCCUGGUGGUCAGCCAGAGGGCCUCCCGCGCUCGGCCGGGGGUGCCCACCGUGCAGGAGCAGUUACGGCACCUGUUCGAACGGGACUGGGAUUCCCCCUACGCCGUGGGCCUGGACGGACAAGCCCAGGGUCAGGACUGCGCUUGGCAGGGUUGAGGUCCAGCCACACCUGAUUCCCCGGCCCCAUGGCUCCCGGUGGCCUGUCCCCACCCUCACAAGCCCCGCUCAGGCCCAGGACUUCCCAACUCCUGGCAGGUGCAAACUGUUUGCCAGCCCUCAGCUCUCUGAACCAUCCCCUCCUAAACCUCACCUCCUGUAGAGAGCCCUCCAGGAUGCUCCCCCCUGAUCUGAGAGCCAUAAUCCCCACCCACAAGGGGGGGUUGCUUCAGAAGCCCCCUGCACCUCCCUGCCUCUCUGUGUGAGUCCCACAUGGGCUGCAUCCCCUCCCGCUGGCCCCAGGUCGGAGUUCAGCACCCCCGACCCCCUGAGGGUCCACACAGCUGCCGGGUGAAGCUGCUGUCUGCCUGUGUGCCAUGAGAGCCGCUGACUCUCGCUGCUGUCCGGUCCCUGCCCACAGGAACCAGGGGACGGGGCAGGGGCAGGUGCCGGGACAAGGGGACCCAGGACUGUGAGGGCGGGUCUCGGAGAGGCGAGGUGGGCGCCUGGGCCUGUGGGGUGGUCCUGGUGCGUAGGGGGUCCAGGACUCCGGGCAGCGUCCAGAGAACCUGGUUUUGAGCAGGGGGCGGGGGCAGGGUGGGGACUCGGGUACACGCGUGCUGGAGCCCCCUGUCCUGGGAGCUGCCCUGCAGAGGCAGGGUCUGAAUCCCGUCGGACACCUCCCUCAGCUCCCGGCCUCCUGCCGGACCAGAGGCCUGUCUCUGGCACCCCAGCCUCCGUCACCUCCUGGCUUCUGGCCAAGGCUUUGGAGCCCACCUGGCCCGUGGAGACCCUGUGGCCGCCCUAGGCUGGCGCUUGGGGCUGGCUCAGUGGUCCAAGGGACACUGGACGCCGAGGGACCUAAGGGAGUGGAUACAAGAUCCUCCUCUCCCCACAUCUAGGGGCUCCUCCUCCCUGCCUCACCCGGUACCCUCUGCCCCGGAGAGAGCCAGACGGGCUGGGGUGGGGCACCUUACCCAUCCGCAUCCUCAUCGGUGAAGAGGGUCCCCCAACCCAGCCCGCCUCCCCGCCCAGCCCUGCACGCGUCCGGAGGGGGUUCCUGGGGGCCACGUGGCCCUGCAAGGCGUCCAGGGCCUCCGGGAGCUGGUCUGCGUGUGGGCCGCACUUGACCCAGCCAAGCCCCAGCGGCUGCCCAGCCUCCCACCCCGGGCUCACGUGCCGCACGGCAGCUCCCCUCCGGAGCAGACGCCAUCCGAGACCCGCUCUGCUCUCCACGGCUGCCGGUGUGGGUUUGCCCUCUGCUUCCUGUGUGUCUCAGAGCGCGUGGCCUGUCCCCAGGCUCUGUCCCCCAGGCCACGCUGGGAUGACGGGUCCAGUGGCCCGGUGGCCAUCAGCCAGUGGAAGUGGUGGCCACACCUCGGUGGCAGGCUUGAAAGCCUGCUCCAAAGCAGACCCCACGGGAGACCCAGCUUGACGAGCCUCAAGAGACGCCCCGGGGGGCCUUGAUGCGGCUGCUUCCGGGGCGGGGGGGGGGGGGGGAGGUGGACACACCCUAAAAUGGUCCCCACACCCCCGCCUCCCGGACCCACACCCGCGUGUGAUCCCCUCCGCUUGGGGGUGCGGAACCCCUGCCUUCGCCUGUAGCCAAUAGAGUGUGCGGCGGUGACCGUGCGACACAAGCUUGUG